GCAUUUUUGCAUAUAUUGGCGGGAGCCUCUGAGUAUGAUGAACUUCCUGUGCGGCACAAUGAGGAAAAUUACAACAAAACACUGUCGGAGAAAGUUCGGUAUCCCGUGGAUAUGAACCAUCUAGAUGAUCCUCAUGUGAAGGCGAAUCUGCUCCUCCAGGCACAUUUUUCUCAGUUGGCACUUCCAAUCAGUGAUUACAACACGGAUCUAAAGUCAGUCUUGGACCAAAGCAUUCGAAUACUCCAAGCCAUGAUUGACAUCUGCGCAAACAGUGGAUGGCUCUCAAGCUCGCUGACGUGCAUGCGUCUCUUGCAAAUGGUCAUGCAGGGCAUGUGGUCCGAUCAAGAUUCGUCAUUAUGGAUGGUUCCAUGCAUGAAUGAUGAUCUUAUUGGAUCUCUAACCUCAAGAGGAAUCCACACGCUGCAUCAGCUAUUAGAUCUUCCAAAGGGAACUCUACAAAGUGUUAUCGGAAACUUCCCUGCAUCUAGAUUAUCUCAGGAUCUCCAGCGAUUCCCACGAAUCCAAAUGAAUGUGAGGAUCCAAAGGAAGGAUUCUGAUGGCAAUAAGAAGGCUUCAACGCUGGAAAUCAGAUUGGAGAAGAUAUCAAAGAGGAAUAGCUCGAGGGCAUUGGCCCCUCGAUUCCCGAAGGUGAAAGACGAAGCAUGGUGGUUGGUUCUUGGUAAUACUUCAACUUCUGAACUUCUUGCUGUGAAGAGAGUUUCUUUCACUGGUCGUCUGAUCACACGCAUGGAGGUGCCUUCAAACAUAACGUCUCUUCAGGAUACGAAACUAAUCUUAGUAUCAGAUUGUUAUUUGGGGCUUGAGCAAGAACACUCCAUUGAACAACUUGGACGACGCUGA